CAGGCCUAGCGAGUCGGGUCACCGGCUCCCCGCCCCUCCCGGUCACGAUACCGUCCAAGACGCCUCCCGAGCCCCAGAAGGCGCCGGCGCCUGCGGCGGCACGCGCACGCGCACGCAGUCAUCGAGCACAUUCCUCCCGUGAGCGCGCGCUGCUUCCGUGGCUCCCUGCCGCAGUGUGACUACAGCUCCUCGCUCGACGGCGGGGGACUCCGGCGCGCGGAACCCUAGCGCGGGCGCGGAGCUCACCCGGCCUCUGCGGCGCCGCUCCAGCAUGGCUGCGGAGCCAUGGUGAGGGGCCUGGCGCCGGCGCCGGCGCUCCGUGGCCGCACGGCCGCUGCGGCGAGGUGGUGCACCUGCCGGCGCGUCGCCGUCGCCGUCUGCCUGGGCAACCUCGCCGCCGCGCUGCUCGUGGCCCGCGCGCUCUACGCGCCCGGCACCUUCGCCUCUGCAACCAAGCGCGGGGAGGCGAAGUAUUCCAGGGAGCAGGUGAGGUGGGUGGAGGAGUCGAUCCGGAUUCGCCGCGCCGCCGAGCCCGCCGAGCUCAUUGAAGCGGUGAAGAAGCUGCGCAAGGCAUUUGCGAGGGAAGAGAAGAGGCGGAAGGAGCUGCCGCUCGAGCUGAAGCAGAAAGUUUCGCGUGAGAUUUUGCAGAGGCUGCGUGAUUUGGGGGAGAAUCGCAAUACCACCGAACAACGAGAAGCUAUGGAAUCAUGGCGUGUUGAGAAGCUUAAGUAUAUCAGAAGUUCAUCUACUCAGAAUUUAUCAAAUUUUGGCCUCUCCAGUGAUGAAUCAAGAAUGUUAAAGCGAGCCUUGGAUUUUAAUUGGCGAAUGCUAUUGGAGGAUAUUGGUCUUUGGAUACCUACCACUGUCUAUCAUAUUGAACAUGAUGACAAGCCAGAGAAUGAACAAGAAGAAGAAGAGAUAGUACCUGGUCCACCUUUGCCCCCUGAAUGCAAUGCUGAACUGCAUACUGAUUAUGGUGGCACCGCUGUUAGAUGGGGCUUAACACACCACAAAGAAAAUGCUGCAGAUUGCUGUCAAGCUUGUAUAGAUCAGGCUAAGAGGGCUAAGCCAGGAGCUUUGAAGUGCAAUAUUUGGGUUUACUGUCCAUCUGAGUUUGGAUGCUACUCGCCAGACAAAUAUGAACACAAACAUCAAGAAUGCUGGUUGAAACAGGCUGACCACCCUAAAUUAAACUUCAAAGACCGGUACUCUGAGCCGUACAGAGAUUCUCAUCCGACUGCCCCUGUAGUUGUGCCAUGGAUGUCUGGUGUUUUCAGUGCAUGAGCUGCCUGCCUAGUGGCCACAGGAGCUCAUUUCCAGUCCCCCAACUGAAUCCCAUACAUUUUUCGCGAGCUCAGAAAACCAUUUUUUUUCAUUUCAUUCUUUAGUACUACUAGUAUUUAGGUUAGUCUACUUGAUAGCUGAAGUUAGUCUCAGCUGGGUGGUAGAUAUUUUGGUUAUGCUGGCGGCUUACUCAAGAAAUUACACGAGUUAAGUAAAUUCUCUUGUUUCGCUGCCCCAUACUUUAUUUCCCCUAAAUCUGAUAGCAAUAUUCUGUAACUGCUUUCGCUGCCA